UACCUUCUCAUUAUCACACAAAUUUGAUAUAGUAAAGCCCUUCUCUUGAUUUGUUAUCUUUUCUGCGUGUGUGAAACUUUUUUUAUUUUUCUUUUUGCUUCAUACAUCGAUCACAAAUGGCAGCAUCAGACAUAGUUGUGAUCUUCGAUUUCGAUAAAACGAUUAUCGAUUGUGACAGUGACAAUUGGGUGGUUGAUGAGUUGGGCGCCACCGAGUUGUUCAAUCAGCUUCUUCCCACCAUGCCCUGGAAUUCUCUUAUGGAUCGAAUGAUGAAAGAACUUCAUUCGCAAGGAACAACGAUUGAGGAUAUUGCAGCCGUUCUAAAAAGAACUCCAAUACAUCUCCAAAUCAUCGAAGCCAUUAAAUCCGCUCAUGCCUUAGGAUGUGAUUUGAAGAUUGUAAGCGACGCAAACACCUUCUUCAUCGACACAAUUUUGGAGCAUCAUGGCCUCCAGGAAUGCUUUUCGGAGAUCAAUACAAACCCUGGGUUUGUCGAUGAACAAGGCAGGCUAAGGAUCUUUCCUCACCAUGAUUUCACCAAAUCAUCUCACGGAUGUGAUCAUCCCAGCUGCCCUCCCAAUAUGUGCAAGGGUAUUGUGAUUGAAAAGAUCCAAGCAUCUCUAUGCAUGGAGGACCAAAAGAAAACAAUAAUCUACCUUGGUGAUGGGCUCGGUGACUUCUGCCCAACUUUGAAGCUUGGUGAUGGAGACUAUGUGAUGCCAAGGAAAGAUUUCCCAGUUUGGGACUUGAUUUGCAAAAACAGGAGUCUAAUUAAGGCACAAAUAUACGAAUGGAGCGAUGGGGAGGAGUUUAAAAGUGUAUUGCUCCGCCUUAUUAGCCGGAUUAUUUCCAUUGACGGAAACAACACUAAUGCCAAUAUUGGUCAGCUCUAUUCAGUUGAUUGCAAACUAAAUACGAUGGCGUUGCCAGUCACCACCGGCCAUGAAGCCUUCCCCCAGGCCCUUCCCGUUCUUCAUUAGUUGAAAGUCAAAAUCACAAAUGAAUUUGAUGCCUUUUAGCUUCCUACAAUAUUACUAUUGCAAUAAUUAAUCUCUAGUUUUGAUGGUAGGAAA